CCUGCCACCAGGUCGGACUUGCUGUGUGGCGCCGCUAGUUGACUUUUUCUCCUUCUCGCCGAGGAACUACAACUAUCACACUUCCAAACAUGGACGGCGACAACAUCAUCAUGUCCGCUUGACUCGGGGGGGGGAGUUUUCCAAGAUGCCAGGUCUUUUGUCUUGUCCUGGGAGUCUGACAGUCAUCUGUUUUUUAUCUUGGUCACUGUGUCUCAGUGGUGCUCAGAGUUGGACCAAUGAAGUAUCAGACGUGCAGUACGGACGCUUGGACUCUAAUGUGACACUGGCAUGUGGGAAGUCACAAAUUAACAUACCCGCAGUGUGGCAUCUGAAUAACAGCUCAGCGUUGCCAUGGCACCAAGUAACAUCAAAUGGAUCCUUGGUCCUGCUGCACGUCACCCUUCCAGCCCAGGGCGACUACAGCUGCUAUGACAACCGCGGGCUCCUCCUCCACGCCGUCAAACUCCGGCUGGGCCAUCCCCCUGGGCUGCUGAGCAUUUCCUGUCGACUUCCUAAUCACACUUACAUUAGCUGCUCCUGGGCGGAAUCUGUAAAUACCUCACUCGCAGUCCAGUACAACGCCUCCUUCAGGGGCACCGGUCAGGAGUGGCAGCCAUGCCUCAUGGACACUGUCCACCAGAACUGUUAUGUGGAUCACCCAUCCUUCUGGCAGACCAUUCACACCCUGAGAAUCACUGCCACCAACGUCCUCGGGUCUGAGACCACAUUUGCCCGGUUUAAGUUAGACAAGCUCUUGAAACCUGACCCUCCAGAGUCUGUGUUGGUGAAGGAGGUAGAAGGCCACCCCAAAAAGCUGAAUAUCUCAUGGAACUUUCCCUUCUCUUGGCAGAGAUAUGAUGCUUUUCCCCUAAUGUUUCACAUUAGAUACAGACCACAUGGAUCUCUUUACUGGUCCGAGGUUUACACAGAAGAGAGUCAGAUCGUGAUUUUUGACGCGCUGGCUGGCCACCUUCAUCAGGUUCAACUCCGAGCCAGGGACGAGGUGGACUCUGAGAGCCAGUGGAGUGAUUGGACUCAUCUGCUUUUUGCACGACCGUGGGAAGACUAUGUAACAUCUGAACCUCCAGAGGAUAAUUUUUUGGACAAUUUCUUUUACACCAACACAGAGACGGAGACCUCCACUGCAAAGACUCACAGUCCGGCUCCGCAAGAUGACGGUAAUUUGGGUUUGGUGAUUCUGCUGGUUUUGUUUGCCGUGGUUAUCAUCGCCACCGUCCUUUCUCUCAUCUGUGUGCUGUGGGUGAGGCAGAGGCGGCGUGAACAUGUGACCAAACAGGAACUCACCUCGGUGGUCAAGAUGAAGUCCAUGCCAAUUUGAUGUUGAUGUCAGACAUCAUCUCCUCCUCAGCCCGUUCUAGGGCUGCUCUAUUAUGACAGCCUGCGGACUUCACAUAUUCAAGUGCACAAUCCAGUUAGGAUCCAUGGAGGCACUAAAAGGGCAUCAAGGGUCUGGCCCCCGAUCAGAACAAUGUCAGGUAAGACCGUCGGUGGUCACUUCCCAGCAUGCCGAGGGCCUCCAGGAGGAUGUUUUGUGCUCAUUGGUUAGAAGACGAACUGCGACAGGAAGUCAACUCCAAAAUUUGUUUUGGCGAGGAGUUGUGUGCUCAAACUAAGGCAAAGAGGCCACACCAGCGUUAGAAGAACACAAUGAGUGCUACACUAAUUCAUGUCAGACAGUCAUUUUGAAAUAUUAUGUGUCAAAUGUAUUCCAGUUGUACUUCAGAACCUCAAUGCUCUUGUCAUCUUUCAAAAAAAAGAGUAUUCUGAAUGGCAUUA